UGAGAGUCCACACAACUCUGAUAUACCAGCCUGGCCGAGGUGCAGAGAGAUGAGCUGAGAGAGUCACGGACACUUCCCCUGGAUUACUCCCCCACGCACACGCGCGCGCGGACAGAGGACGGCACCGCAAAACAACCCCCUCCCCGUGGAAGGACGAGCGCAGCGGAGGCCAUAAAGCACCCGGUCCCAGAUUUCACCUCCAAAAACGGCACAGGCCGCUGUGUCACCGUCCCGCCGUCACACAGCGGCCAAAGGAGAACAGCUGGGCACUGGGACAGCCACCAUGUAACACACUCUGGCGCAGGCUAACACUGCCAACGGGAAUGGCGCUGGGAGAAAAGCAAGACAUUAUGGAUUAUACCAGCUGUCUGGAUAAUUCAGCAUAACAGCCACCGCAUUGGACAAGUCAAUAUCAGAGCAUGGCAACUGUCUCCUGGGAAACGGACUGGGGCGGUCUAAGCCACUCCACUCCAGCGGCAGGGGGAGGCAACAGUUCCUCCCUUUUCCAAGACUACACCAACUCCAGCCAUGGCCGCGGGGAAGGUGCCCGUUCUUGGACAGUCCCUGAAAAUGGGACCAUUUCAGGGGGCUCCGUGCCCAUACCAACUGUGCCACAGAGGGACGAGGUGCUGGCACAGGCAGAGUUUGCGAUUCUUGGCCUGAUCUUGGCACUGACGACCCUGGGGAAUGGGCUGGUCCUGUGGGUCUUACUGCGGCGGAGGAAGCACCACGCCCCCAUGCACCUGUUCAUGAUCAACCUGUGCGUGGCCGACCUGGUGGUGGCCUUCUUCCAGGUGCUGCCCCAGCUGGUCUGGGACAUAACGUUGUGGUUCCAGGGUCCAGAUGCCCUGUGCCGCUUGGUCAAGUACCUGCAGGUGGUGGGCAUGUUCGCCUCCUCCUACAUGAUCGUGGCCAUGACGGUGGACCGCCAUUACGCCAUCUGCUGCCCCCUGCAGGCGUACCGCGGCGGCGCCAUGUCACGCUGGAACGUCCCCAUCAUGGUGGCUUGGGGGCUGUCCCUCCUGCUCAGUGUCCCACAGGUCUUCAUCUUUUCCAGGGUAGAGGUGUAUCCGGGGGUGUUUCAGUGCUGGGCUAAAUUCGUCGAGCCCUGGGGGCUCAAGGCUUAUGUCACAUGGGUGACCCUGGCAGUGUUCAUACUGCCAGCUCUCGUCAUUACCAUCUGUCAGGUACGAAUAUUCAGAGAAAUCCACAACAACAUCUACCUGAAGUCAGAGAGGCGGGUGUCAGCGGAACUCAGGAAGAACUCCGUACUCUUCCGGUUCCACUGUGUGGGGAAGGAGGCAGAUAAAGAAAGGGAGAGGGGGAGGGGGGGAGGAGGAGGAGGCGGACGAAGAGAGGGGAGAGGCAGCCACUCUUCGAAAGGCGGCAGCCCUGGUUCCCGCUCCCGCGGCAACGGGUCCUUCCACGCCCACCCCUCGAACUCGCCCAGUUACUGGCCCCACGCCUCCUCGUACUGCCCCGCUUCCUGCGACCCCUCCGAACUGAUAACCCUGAACCCCACCAGUUCUGAAAAUGGCUCCUCUGUGGGCGCGCCCGCCCCCGUGCCGAGGGUGCCCCCAGCCGCAGACUCUUCUCUGCACCCCCCGGGACAGACUACCUCACUUCCCCCCACGGGCGAACACCCUCCCUUCACCCCCGAUGAUGUCAUCUCCGAUGGGUCCCCCCCCGAUCUGUUCCCUCCCCCCGCCGCCCCACUCCCAGUGCCCCUGCCCUCCUCGAGCGUGUCCCGGGCUGUAUCCAAGACGGCGCGGAUGACGCUGGUGAUCGUGCUCGUCUACACCGUGUGCUGGUCGCCCUACUUCAUCGUCCAGCUGUGGGGUGCCUGGGACACCAACGCACCCAAGGAAGGUGCGGCCUUCACCAUCCUGAUGCUGCUGGCCAACCUCAACUCGUGCACCAACCCCUGGAUCUACACAGCCUUCUCCAACAGUGUGUCCCGCGACCUGAAAGCCCUGUUGCCGUGCUGCUCCAACUCCCGCGAACUGCGCAGGGGGUCCAUCGCCAACGACUCCACCAGCACACACACCUCCACCACUGCCACCAAGAACAAUAUAUACUGAGCUCGGGUGGAUGUGCCUGUGAAAGAUUCCACCAUACCCCCAGACGCCCUGCUCAGACCGAAUAGGCUGCAGAAAGGAGCCACAGACUCCGGCGUCCCCUCAGUAAAAAACCGCAGGAUCAGAAGCUGAACUGAAGGGUGACGAGAGGAGAACUGUGUUUGCUUGCCGCAAGCGCCCCAAGGAGGACAUCGCCUACAGUUCAUUUGCGUGCAUAGUCCUCAGUACCACGGUCGUAUCUGAAUAAAAGCACAACUACGGGAGCUGUGUUCUUCUCACUCUUCCUCUUCCUCAGGCUGGAAAAAUGAUCCUCCCUGUCCAGAGCCCACACAGCACACCCACUCCCCUAUGGAAGCAUAUUCGCGCCAAAUUUCAAAAGAAAAUGAAAAUCGCUCAUUACAUUUCGUUUGCAUUCAAUGUGCGCAAAAACCCGGCCAAAAUUCAAAGUGAAAAUGCAAUCCAUCCAUUCAUUUUAAUUUUCAAAGUCAAAUGACCUGUCAGUCAGGACGGGGGGGUAUUACAGGGGCGGUUCAAACCCAACAAAGAAGUCCCUCUUACACAGUGGUAAAGAUUUUGGCCACACAGCAGUAGCGGGCCAGCUAGCGAUAUUUACUAGUUCUCUGAGUGUGGUAAUGGAUCACAGAACUACACAAGAACUAGAAAGGAAACGGGGUCAACGACCUUACAAUGAGCCAUGUAGCCUAAUGUUAACUAACUUAACAGCUGGUACAGAGAAGGUCCCGCCCACUGCAAAAAAAGUGACUGGACCUAGGAAGUGGUUUGAAACAAUGGGAUUUCCAAUACAGGAAAACUUUCAAAAUCAUAUCUUCUCACAAGCAAACAAAUACAAAACCUCUUUCUGAUUUACGAUAUUGUUACAAAACUACACAACAGACAUUUAAGUCAUUGAGCUCUCGCUAGCCAACACAAGGAAUUCUGCAGAAAGCUUGGUGAUGUAAACGUCAUCUUGAAUCAGAGGAAAUCAGAGCAAUCGGGACGAGACCUAGCCGACCAAAGAUGGUGGAUUGUUUGGUAUAAUGUUUUGUUUGAUGUAUAAUUAAAUAAAACCAUCAUUUAAAAAA